ACUCUAAACUGCACUGCAGAAACUCACACCUCUAAUGGUGUUGCUGCUCUUUUGUGUCGGCGCGCUGCUGUUAUCUCUGCUGUGCAGCUUAGCUUUGCCGCUAAUAAUAUUCACUUCAUGACAGCUAAUAGUGUGCCCACAUGAAGCUCAUUUGUAGCAGAGUAAAUUGUUUUGACUGCAAGUUCUCUCCGUUUUUGUGGGGCUGCAUUGUGUUGGGCAGAAUUCUGGCUGUGGCAUUUUACAAAAUGUUGUUUUGGAUACCACACAAAGCAACUGGCAUCACUGUGGCUGGAGAAACAAACUUUACACACUCUGUUUUAUACCUCUGCAGUAGUUUUUUGUUAUUCUUUUCGAAUAUCUGUAUUUGACGUGGAAAAUGCCAGAAACGGGACCAUUAGGAGGCACAAUGAGUGAUCUGAAUGGGUAAGAAAACAUAAAACCAUAGGCUUUACUAACCUAUGCUGCUGGCUUUUACAGUAUACUGUAAAAUGUGUUGUAGAAAUGGUGAAGAAUCCAACCAGGAUGCAGAAGACCAUGAAGCACAGUUACUCUGCCUGAAGAUUAAAGACCACUUGGAGGAAAUGUUCUCUGAUAGUCACCUGGCGGAGGAUGGCUUCCUGCUAAAACACAUGCAGAAGAACAAGCAGGGCUAUGUCAGUCUCAAGCUUCUCACUUGUUUGAAAAAGAUAAAGGCUCUGACCACGAACUGGUACAUGACUCUAGCGGCCGCAGAGUGCUCAGACCUCCUGGAGUUGAACGAGGAAUGCACCAAAGUACGACGCAAAGAGGCUCUCCCUCAGUGGCUGAUGUGCUCCCCCACCAGCAGGCUCCUCCUCAUCUGGAACGCUUCAGAGGAGCAGAGCGGAGAGGACGGAGCUGACCCAGGGCAGCCUUCGCUCUUACUGAGCAUCCUCCAGAGGUUUGACUCGCCAGGUGACGUCGCGUCAGUCUGGAUCCUGCAUCCCGGAGAGGAGCUUCCCAAAGAGCUGCAAUGCUACGCCAAACGUCACAAAGAGCUCGGCCAGAUUUUGUGUGCCGUGAUGAAGUUUAAUAGCUUGGAAUCGGUCCGUAGGGCCUACAGCUCUCUCAGAGAAGAAGAGAAGAUUAAUGGGAGGGGCCUGUGUGUGGUGCCGCUGGGAUGGCAGUCAGUGCAGAGCAUCAAUAAGUUUGAUCCAAUCGAGAACAAAGGAGACGCCACAUGUUCUAUGGGAGAUCCUCAGAACGUCUCUCAGGUUUCGCUCCAGCAGGACCCUCCCUCACCUAUCAGGUUUUCUGAAGAAACUGGAGAAGCAUAUCCUCCUCCAGCAGGCCAGGAGGACUCCAGCUGCAGUCAAAAGGCAUUGCGAGGAUUAACUAAGAGAUACAGCUGGACAGACUGGUGCUCCGGAGACCGCAACACACCGUUUUCUCAGUGCCCGUGGGUACUAAAGCGCAAAUCCGCAGCCAGUGCAGCAAAGCUGGAGACGGCUGAGCACCUGAACACAACCGGCUUAAUACUAAAAGUCCUGCGUCAGCCCUUUGGCCCCGACGAUACCAAAGGUUUUAAUGCCAGAAGGCAGAAAUAUGACUUUCUUGAAUGAAAUAGCUUUAGAGGAGAUCAGAAAGAAGACUGAGCUGGGAAGAAAAUACUCAAAAAUCUGACACAAGAACACAGAAAAUUUGUUUCCAUUAAAGAAUUAAGUUCUGCUGA